AUGAAUAGCGACAAUGGAAAAGCUGUGUGGAAUUCAAUCUUGACAGAAAUUUUCAAUAAGGAAUGCUUGGAGCAAGUGUACAAGAAACAAAGGAAGGGAACUACUUUCAACAAAAAUGGGUGGCAAGCAAUAAUUGAGGGGUUUGAGGCAAAAACAGGAAAAAGAUAUAAAGGUUUGAGAUUUGCAAGGGAAUUAACUUUGAUAUUCAAGAAUGUCCUGGUAACUGGAGAGACACUUUUUGUACCAUCUGUUACCCAAACCCAAAUAGAGGAUGAUGACGAUGAGGAUGUGUACUGCCCUACUAUUGACCUUCGAGAAGGCUCCAGUGAUAGUGAAGAGGAACUAAAUUUAUCUAACACUGCAGCACCUACAGGGGUCACUGAUGAGCUGUUGGGCUUGAAUGUGACCACAAAUACUGGUAAAACCAGUGGUGACGGAAGUCAAGGCAAGAGAAAGAGGGUUGUAAGCAUUGGUGGGAGGAAAAAGCAAAAAGUCCCUACCUUAAUAAAAAUAGCAGAUGCGAUGAGUGAAAUGGCUAAGGAUAAUAGAGCAAGAACAGAGACAGUGAACAAGAUUUUAGCAAAUGACAUCGGAGUUUCUGAGGUUGUGGCUCACCUAAAUGGACUCCCAGAAGUUUUUGGUGAUAAAGAUAUACAUUGGAGAUAUGUCAAUCUUGUUCUGUACAAGUCUAUGCGAGAUGCUUACUGGCAACUUAAAGAUCAUCCUAAUUACUUGGUCAAUUGGUUGAAGCACCAAGUUUACCAUCCACCAGAUUGGAUUUCAAAAAAUACAUCUGGAUGA